GCUGGAGUUGGCCUGACCAAAACCCAAGGGGGCCACGGCCAACAACCUCAGCUAACCUUUCGACCUUGGAGAAACCUCCAAGCUUCCGGACCCUUAUUCCUACUUACUACAUCCACGUUUCGUUUUGUUUUCGACAACGUCCGACUCCACGUCAAGUUUCUCCAGCUGAUUUGUUUCCCUCAACACCACCCGACGACCUCUCUUUUUCCAUUCUCUCCCCAUUGAAUCCGUGUCAAACCCGCGUGCAUUCAUUCAAUUCCACUCUCUCCCUGCCUUGUUGGACCUCCUCGGAAUACGAAACACGCCCAUCUGCACUUCAUCCCACACCACAUAAGCAAUGGCUUCCGCUACCGUCUACCCCAACACACAUGUUGGUUUUGAUAGUAUCACCUCCCAGAUCGAGCGCAAGCUGCUGAAGAGAGGUUUCCAGUUCAAUGUCAUCUGCGUCGGACAAACUGGUCUGGGCAAGUCGACGCUCAUCAACACCAUCUUCGCCUCCCACUUGAUGGACUCGAAAGGUCGUAUGCUUCCCGACGAGCAGAUCCGAAACACCACCGAAAUCCACCCCGUCUCGCACAACAUUGAGGAGAACGGCGUGCGCCUCAAGCUCAACAUUGUCGACACCCCCGGAUACGGUGAUCUCGUGAACAACGACCGCUGCUGGGACCCCAUCGUCAAGUAUAUCAAGGACCAGCACUCGGCCUACCUGCGCAAGGAGCUUACUGCCCAGCGUGAGCGAUACAUCCAGGACACCCGCAUCCACUGCUGCCUGUUCUUCAUUCAGCCUUCUGGCCACUCUCUUAAGCCGAUCGAUAUCGUCGUCCUCAAGAAGCUCUCAGAUGUUGUCAACGUCGUUCCCGUUAUUGCCAAGGCCGACUCCCUGACCCUCGAGGAGAGACAGGCCUUCAAGGAGCGCAUCAAGGAGGAGUUUGCUUUCCACAACUUGAAGAUGUACCCCUACGACAGCGAGGAGCUCGACGACGAGGAGCGUGCUAUCAACACCCAGAUCAAGAGCCUUAUUCCUUUCGCCGUUGUCGGCUCAGAGAAGUCCAUUAUUGUUAACGGCAAGCAAGUGCGCGGACGCCAGAACCGAUGGGGCGUCAUCAACGUCGAGGAUGAGAACCACUGCGAAUUCGUCUACCUCCGAAACUUCCUUCUGCGAACCCACUUGCAAGAUCUCAUCGAGACUACAUCGCAGAUCCACUACGAGACCUUCCGUGCCAAGCAGCUGCUUGCGCUCAAGGAGAGCAGUGCUCAGGGUGGCAGCAGGCCAAUUUCUCCCGCCGCCGAGCGGGAGCUGAGCCGAAACUCUCAGCGCAUGACCAUGAACGGCUACAACUAAAUGUGCAUGCUGCAUUUGAGUUGUUUGUGCCUCUUGCGAGACCUGAGUUUGUUUCUAGCACCGUGUCUCCGCGAGAGUCCUUUUCCCAUAUUCCCACUUUAAUGACGACAAAUCAACAACACCUCUUUACGCUUCACGCGCGAAGCUUGGCG